AUGCUCCGCGCCGGUCAUAGCCAUGAGCAUGUCUCGGCCGAUCGACCUCCUUCCAGCCCCAUCCGACGACUAGUCCAGCCGUUCCAAGACGAUGUCGACCGCGUGGACGAGAUCUCCGAUGCCGAAUUCGUGUCCAGCACGCCAGCACCGCAAGAGGGCAGCCGUAUUCGCAGAGAGGCGUUCCAACCAAACUAUUUCAAGACAUUUUUUGUUGAGGAGCGAGAGCUGGGCCGAGGCGGCAAAGGGGUAGUCCUGUUGGUUCGACAUGAGAUCGAUGGAUGCCAUCUAGGCCACUUCGCCUGCAAGCGCGUGCCUGUUGGAGACGACCACGCCUGGCUGGAGAAGGUGUUGAUUGAAGUCGAGCUUCUUGCCAAGUUGUCUCAUCCCAAUCUCGUGUCCUAUCGGCACGUCUGGCUCGAAGAUGUUAAGAUGAACCGUUUUGGACCGAGCGUGGCUUGUGCCUUUAUUCUCCAGCAAUAUUGUAAUGGAGGUGAUCUGCUGCACUACAUCAUAGGGAAUCAACUCAAGGAGACCACCAAGGAAGACCUCAAGGCUCAGAUGCGUCGCCGGUCAAAAACGCAAGCUGAAAGACCGCAAGACAUGUUCCCGGCGCAGCGUCACUUGCCUCCAGAGGAGAUCUAUUCUUUGUUCAAGGAUAUUACUUCGGGACUGGCCUAUCUACAUGCCGCCAACUACAUACAUCGUGACCUCAAGCCAAGCAAUUGUUUAUUGCAUCGUGAGGGUAACGCUCUCAUUUGUUUGAUCAGCGACUUUGGAGAGGUUCAACCGGAGAAUGUCGUUCGGAAGUCUACUGGUUCCACCGGCACUAUAUCCUACUGUGCACCGGAGGUCCUCAUGAAAGACACUGCGGGAAGAUAUGGAAAUUUUACCACCAAAUCUGAUAUAUUCUCCUUGGGAAUGAUUCUAUAUUUCAUGUGCUUUGGCCGGCUUCCCUACCAUGCCGCAAACGCGGUUCAGGAGGAGCUGGAAGAUAUCGACAUGCUUCGAGCCGAGAUUACGGAUUGGAAAGGCUUCCAAGAUGAGCGUCGAGAACGACCAGAUCUCCCGCCGAAGCUCUACCACUUACUGAAGAGACUUUUGGCAAUCGACCCGAACGAACGGCCGAGCGCGAACGAAGUUUUGAGCGCAAUGAAGAACGAAGCGGUGUUGGACAGUGUGCCGAGGGUGGCCAGAAGCGUUAGUCCCAACAUCAGUCUGCCCGGAAGGCGGAUACAGAAUCUCGACUCGCCCAUGGCUCCCGGCACUCCAGUUCCUGGUUCGUUCAUGCCUUGCUCUUUCCAAAAACGAAAUUAUGCUAAUGCUUUCCAGAUCCCAAGAAACGAGCCACUGUCGCUUCUUCUUCGCAAGAUGACCUUAGCAAGACUAGCCUAG